AUGGAAAGGAAGCAAGAAUGUGGAGAUGUCCUCUCCCGGUUGCCAGACUCGCUUCUCGUUGCCAUCAUCUCCUUCCUGCCAUUCAAAGAAGCCGCAAGAACUUCUGUCUUGUCCAAGCGUUGUCGAUACAUUUGGCACGAGACCAAGAACAUAGAGUUUAACCAGGCAUUCUUUGAGGAAUUUCAACAAUUGAUUCAAUUUGCCAUGGCUCACAAAGCCAAGUGCCUGGAUCUGGAUUUCUCGGAUCCAACUUGGGACGAAGAAAGCAUGGAAAAUCACGUUGCUUCAUUUGAAUUGCCAUCGCCGGACGUUUAUCAGCACAGGGAGUUGGAAGAGCUCAGGUUGUUUUCCUGUAACUUUAGGGUUCUUGAAUUCAAAUGCUUCAAAGCACUCAAGAGCCUGUCUUUGGGAUGGACAAAACUGUCUUCUUCUUUUCUCACAACCUUGUGCUUAAACUGUAAGUUCCUGGAGAGUCUGAGUUUGAAGAAGUGUUGGGAUUUGAAAUAUCUCGACAUCUCUGGGUCGAAGUUGAGGACAUUGGUGAUCGACAGGUGCCUGGAUCUUGACAACGGUGUCGUGAUUGACGCUCCAAAAUUGCAGUUCUUUAAGUACUCUGGGCGCUUGGUCAUUUUUAUGAUCGAAUACUUGAAUGCCAUGGUAGAGGCCGAUCUUAACUUUGGGUUUGAGUUUGAGUUUGGUGAAUUUGGUGACAUUAUUUGCGACCUCCUCAGAGAUCUUUGGAGCAUUAGGGUUCUUACUGUGUGCAGUUACAUUCUUCAAGUAAUUCCGAGUGCCGAAGAGUACCCAUUACUUAGGCCCCCGCUCGAGGGCAUCCGCGAGUUGACAAUGAAGACAACAUUGCAUGCUCACGAGUUUCAUGGAAUAUCAUUCUUCCUUAACAGUUGCCCCCUCCUGGAGCGUCUCACCAUCGACAUCGGCAGUCGUCCGACAACCAUAUUUUCGGAACGUGGAACAACGCUUGAUCUGAAUGAACAUGAAUUCUUAAGCAAAUACAAGUAUAUGAUAGUGUACGGAUGCUUGAGAACAAGUUUGAGGGUGAUAGAGAUAAAAGGGUUCAAAGGAGGGCCAAGCGAGGUGGCGGCGAUUAAGUAUUUUCUCAGGUUUGGGCUUGUAUUGGAGGCGUUGUUCAUCUGUGUCUCGAAAGAAAAGGGAGCCGACGGCGUGGACAUGGAGCCACAGUAUCGUGAGAAUGCAAGAAAGUUGCUGCAGUUUCCAACAGCUUCGAAGUCACUUGCUAUAUUUGAUUCCUUUGUUACUGAUGCCAAAGAUCAGCCUUCUAGAGAACCUGAUACGAGUAAUUCUGAUUUGGGAAUGGAAGCAUCAGUAAUCAGGAUGAACAAUAUACUGACAGAUUCCAUUGUUGCUGACGCCAAAGAUCAGGCUUCCAGAGAACCAGAUAUUGACAUGGGCACCUGGAUCCCUAGGAGUAAUUCUGAUUUGGGAAUGGAACCUUCCAAUAAUCAGAUACAAGUUGUUAAUACACAAGUAGGUAUAACUCUCGAUGUUACUUCAGAAGCUUAA